AAUUUUGCUUUUAGCUCAGUAAUGCCUUUUAAAAUAUAUUUUGUGACACAAACAAAGAGUACGAGCAAAAUGGUUUUUAAAAGCAGUCCCAAUGUUAGCCAGAAAUUAGAAGAUGCUGGUGCUAAACAAAAAGCAGUUCCCCCUCCCCCACCAACGGCGGCUGGCAGGCCAAGGCCGCCGACAUCACAGCUUUUUUCGCGCGGCAACCUGGUUAGUAGUCGGACUGCAGGAGUCGAUAAAUCUGGUCUGGCCAGGCCAUCAACAGCAGUCCGAGCUGUAGGCUAUGCGGCCAAUAGUGGGUCUGCUGGUCAAAGGUUUGACCAGUUUUUCCUUGAAAAGGCCAAACAGCAAACACUUUCGUCGGCUAAUGCCGUGGAUACUGCCAAGGAAGUUAAUCCGCAAAUCAAGUACAAGAAUCUGGAGGCCAAAAUAGUGAAGCUCUUGGAAUCGUCCAUCAUAUUGACCUGGCAAAACACCGCGGAUUGUUCACGUGGAGAGACAAGUUCGGAAGCGAAGUCGAUAUUGUCCGAGUCGCUGAAUAAGGCCAAGGAAGCAUUCUCGUUGGAUCGCACAUUGCACCGAUUUAGAGACCAGCAAGGCGAGAAUGUUUACCACAACUUCGAUUUGACCUAUGCAGUAUUCUUUAAUCUUGCAGAGCAAUACGAACGCAAUGAUUUGCACAUUGAGGCCCUCAACACGUACAGCAUCAUGACAAAAAACAAGAUGUUUCCACACGUCAAUCAGUUGAAGAUCAACAUGGGAAACAUAUACUACAAGAUGGGUAUUUACCAGAAGGCGGUUAAAAUGUACCGAAUGGCCCUUGAUUCGGUGCCAAAGAACUUGAGUCAGUUGCGACUAAAGAUCCGUGAAAACAUUGGAAUUCUUUUCGUCCGCAUGGGCUCCUUUACGGAUGCUGCAUCUAGCUUUGAAUUCAUCAUGUCGGAGCGAGCGGACAUUAAGAGUGGCAUCCACCUCCUGCUUUGCUACUAUGCCAUGGGCGACGUGGAGAAAAUAAAAUUGGCCUUUCGUAGUCUGUGCGAUGUCCAGACUGGGGAAACCGAAACCGAUCUGGGAAGUGAGAGCCAUAUUAUCAAGCUGCAGCAGCAGGCCGAGCAGGUUGCUCAAGACGGAGAGACCGAUUUGCAUAGGUCCUCUGACCGCGGACAUAACGGGGGAGCAGAAGUGGCGGUAAUUGAUGCAGAGGGUGGUGAAACUUACGAGAAAGUUCAGGAAUCCACGAAGUUUUCAGCCAAGGCCAAACAGCGGCUUGUUCUACAAGCCCUAAAGAAGGACGAGCUGGCCAUAUUCACCAAUAAACGCCGAAAUGCCGAGAAACGGUCUAUUACAAUGAUCGUAGAUCUAAUCUCACCCUUAAUCGAAGAGAACUAUAAUGACGGAUACAAUUGGUGCAUUGAGAUCAUCAAGACCUCAAAUCUGUCGUGGCUUGCAAAUGAACUGGAACUAAACAAGGCCUUAGUGUACCUUCGCCAAAAUGACGUAAACCAAGCCAUUGAAACGCUACAAAUGUACGAUCGCAAGAGCGAGGGAUCGAUGACAGCAAGCGCUCUAACAAAUCUUAGUUUCAUCUAUAUAAGUCUUGGCAACCUGGAGAUGGCCAGACACUGCCUUAACCAGCUUCAGGAAAUCGGAGCUCUAGAAAACAACGCGCUAGCACUGAUAAAUGCCAGCAUAGUGGACUUGCGAAAACAAAACCUGAUAUCAGCCCGAAAUCGAUUGGAGCAAGCUUUGGACCUUCAGCCGACCAACUUUGAGGCCAACUACAAUCUCGGACUGGUCGCCUUGGCGCAGCAGGAUUACGAGACGGCCGAGGAGCGUUUCGAGCUCCUAAAAGCUGAAUUGAUGGUCCCCCACUCUGUGCAGCACAGUCACGUGUUCUAUCAACUUGCCAAGUUACAAGAACGCCGUCUGGGAGCCGGAUUUAAAGCUAACGCUACGCCAGGCGCGGCAUUGCAAGCGUACCUCCAGGUUCUUGGCAUCUCCGCCUCCAACAUCGAUUCGCGAAUGUUCGAGAAAGUCGGUUCACUCUACGAGAAAAUUCAAGACCAUCAGGAAGCAAACCAGUACUACAAUGAGGCGUACCGCAUAAACAUGAGUGACAUUAGUAUCGCCAGCUCCAUCGGAUCCUACUAUAUUAAGCUCCAGGCCACCGAAAAGGCACUUUAUUACUACGAACGAGCGGUGUUAGCCGAUCCUAACGACCCCAACCUAAUGCUGCGUAUUGCCAGCUGCUUCCGCAACUCGUACCUGCCGCCGAAGCAGUACCUGGGCAUGUUCCAGAAGAUUUACGUUCGUUUUCCGGACAACAUCACUUGCGUACGGGCUCUGAUGCAAGUAUCCAAGUCGCUGGGCUUUGGCGAUUUGCAUGAGCGAUAUGCGUUGGACUAUGCCCGCCUGCAAAAGCAGCAGCAGGAACGUCAGAACGAGCAGCGAUAUCAGCAGCAGCGCCUCUCUUCUGCGGCCUCAGCUAGCAGCCGCUUGCGAACUGAACGUCAGUCUAAUGAGGAACGCCUACAGGAAAAUAGUGACAUCUCCAAAAGCAUGACCUAUACGCAGGAUCGCCCCACGUAUUCCAUCCAGCAGUUUGAUCCUUUGGGACCUCCCGCAGAACGUCCUCGAACUGGCGUAUAUCAAGCACAACAAAGUAGAGACGAUUCAGAUGAUGAAGCGGAAAUGAAUGCCGAAAGCUUAUUGCCUAUUUAAAUUGACUUUGUUUGAUAGCAGUGAAAUACUUUAAAGAAAUAAACAAAAUGUAGAAUCAAACAUUGAUCGUUUUAAUGAACAUGCCUGAAGCUCCACAAGAAACUCUCUCCUUUCUGUAAACUGCCGCCCUGGGCAUUGAAGAAAAUGUCGCCCUUGCCGAGUUUGCCGGCCUGUGCCUAAGCUCCGAAGGCACAUAGUCUAAAUGCGGCCCUGACCCCUCCCAUCAACCCAAAAUUGUUGAGCUUGCUUUAUGUUAUAUUAUCUUUAUUACGCUUUCAAGGCCAAUAAUACAUACAUUUUUGUGUUCUGAUAUUAUAAGGUUCGAGAAUUUAAAAUUUAGACUGAAUAGAAAAUUUGCCAUUGGUAUCGUGAAUUUCUGAAUGGUAGUAGGUUUCCUCUCCGAAUUUCACCGUUUUGAACGACACGCUUGUUAAAUUAAGGUUUUUGAUUUAUUGAGUAAAAUGUGUGCUACUAUUGCAAGUUUAAAUUAUAACGUUCUGUUCUCUUCGAAAAAAUCUGUCGCAUCUGCAGACGCCCACAAGUAACACAUAAACAUAUAACACAUAAACAGCUUCAGAUCUUGAUAUUAUUUAUCCAUUAUUAUGCUCGCUGAUUUUCUAUUUCCCUCGAUCUUUCAUUUCUAGAUAAAACAAACCAUUUUAACUUCUACAAAUCAAAAGGUACAAAACAAUACGGAUCGUUUUUUACUCACAGACAGCUUCCAAUUAUCAAAAUCAAUCUUAAUUUUCUCUCUAAUGAUUCUUAUUCCUUUCUCUUCCAAUUCCAUUCCUAAACUGCCCCAAAUAAUUGGUUGCUCUUCCUCCCUUCCCUUAGAAGCUCAUGUAGCCGCGGGAGGUAGAGCGGCGUCUAGCACACAAAUAA